GAGAGAGAGUGAAAGAGAGGGAGUGCAGUCAGUGGAGCUGAAGCACUGCGAGCCUGUUCUCUGAGCUGUGCACAGCAGCCUCACUGGAUUACUGACAGAAAGCCGGGGAGCCCGGCCCGGGUGAAAGGGGAGAGAUUUGGAAAUACACUGGACUCAGCACCAAGCCCGCUGUCCCGAGACUAGUCCUCUUCACUGCCUGGGUCUCUGCUCUGGACAAUUACAGCCUGCGGAUCGCACUGCCUGGGCACCGAGGACCAGGGGAAACACCGCACAGGACUGGACUGGACUGGUCUGGACAGAGAGAGGGCCAGUUGUGUGAGAUCUUCUGAAGCAGGCGAUGGCCCGUAGAUAGCAGGCGUCCCGCGCAGGUGAGGAUGGCUCCCCGGAAGCGGUCGCGCCCCGCCCUGGGGUUCCUGUGCUGCUUCGGCAGCAGCGAGCCCCCGGAGAUCAACCUGAAGGACAGCGUGCCCCUGCAGCUGCUGGAGUUCAGCGCCCCCAUGCCGCCGCCCGAGGAACUGCACGCGCGCUUCUCCGAGCUGGUGGAUGAGCUGGAUCUCACAGAUAAGAACAGGGAGGCCAUGUUCGCUCUGCCCGCUGAGAAGAAAUGGCAAAUAUACUGCAGCAAGAAAAAGGAGCAGGAGGACCCAAACAAGCUGGCCACCAGCUGGCCCGACUACUACAUCGAUCGCAUCAACUCCAUGGCUGCCAUGCAGACCCUGUUCGCCUUCGACGAGGAGGAGAUGGAGAUGAGGAACAAGGUGGUGGAGGACCUGAAAACGGCGCUGCGCACUCAGCCAAUGAGGUUCGUGACGCGCUUCAUCGAGCUGGACGGGCUGACCUGCCUGCUGAACUUCCUGAGGAGCAUGGACUUCGAGACGUCGGAGAGCCGCAUCCACACCUCGGUCAUCGGCUGCAUCAAGGCCCUGAUGAACAACUCCCAGGGCCGGGCGCACGUGCUGGCCCACCCCCAGAGCAUCAACACCAUCUCCCAGAGUCUACGCCAGGACAACACCAAGACCAAGGUGGCGGUGCUGGAGAUCCUGGGGGCCGUGUGCCUGGUGCCAGACGGACACAAGAAGGUUCUGCAGGCCAUGGUGCACUACCAGAAGUACGCCGCUGAGAGGACCCGCUUCCAGACGUUGCUGAAUGAGCUGGACCGGAGCACGGGACGAUACAGGGACGAGGUCAACCUGAAGACGGCCAUCAUGUCCUUCAUCAAUGCUGUGCUGAACGCUGGGGCCGGGGAGGACAACCUGGAGUUCCGGCUCCACCUCAGGUACGAGUUCCUGAUGCUCGGAAUCCAGCCUGUGAUUGACAAGCUGAGGGGACACGAGAACGCCACUCUGGACAGGCACUUGGACUUCUUUGAGAUGGUGCGGAACGAGGAUGACUCAGAGCUGGCCAAACGCUUCGACUUGGUGCACGUGGACACGAAGAGUGCCGGCCAGAUGUUUGAGCUGAUCAAGAAGAAGCUGAACCACACGGAGGCUUACCCCUACCUGCUCUCCAUUCUGCAGCACUGCCUCCAAAUGCCCUAUGAGUAUAAGCGCGGGGGAGGCAGCCUGCAGCAGUGGCAGCUGCUUGACCGGAUCCUGCAGCAGAUCGUCCUGCAGGACGAGAAGGGCGACGACCCGGACGUGGCCCCGCUGGACAACUUCAGCGUCAAGAGCAUCAUCCGCAUGCUGGUGAACGAGAACGAGGUCAGGCAGUGGAGGGACCAGGCGGAGAAGUUCAGGAAAGAGCAUGCUGAGCUGCUGUCUCGGCUGGAGCGGAAGGAGCGGGAGUGCGACACGAAGACGCAGGAGAAGGACGACAUGAUGAGGACGCUCAACAAGAUGAAGGACAAGCUGCAGAAGGAGGGGGUGGAGCUACGCAGCGCCCGCGAGCGAGUCUGCGACCUGUCCUCCCGCGUCACAGACCUCUCACAGGGCGGCAGUGUUCCAUUCCCCCCUCCGCCCCCCCCUCCAGGAGACCCCCUGGCCCCUCUCCCCCCCGCCACGAUGGGUGGCUUCCCCCCUCCUCCUCCCCCGCUCCCCUUCGCCUGCCCGCCCCCUCCCCCGCCCCCUCCUCCCCCGGGAGGCCCGCCCCCUCCGCCCGGCGCUCCGCCCCUGUUCGGUUCGGGGAUCCCGCCCCCUCCGGGCCCCCCCGGGCCCCCGGCGUUCAGCACGGCCGCCUCCCAGCGCCGAAAGUCCAUUCCCCAGCCCUCGCACCCGCUCAAGUCCUUCAACUGGGCCAAGCUGGGCGAGAACAAGAUCACGGGCACCAUUUGGCACGACAUCGAUGACCUGCGGGCCUUCAAGAUCCUGGACCUGAAGGACAUCGAGAAGAUGUUCUCAGCCUACCAGAGACAGCAGGAGAUGCUCACUAACCAAUCCUUCAGGCAGAAAGAGUCGGGCUCCAUGGACGAUAUCUACCUGAGCACCCGCAAGGUGAAGGAGCUGUCAGUCAUCGACGGCCGGCGUGCGCAGAACUGCGUCAUCCUCCUCUCCAAGUUGAAAAUGAGCAACGAGGAGAUCAGACGGGCGAUCCUGGAGAUGGACGAGAGAGAAGAGCUGGCCAAGGACAUGCUGGAGCAGCUGCUUAAAUUCGUCCCGGAGAAGAGCGACGUCGACCUGCUGGAGGAGCACAAACACGAGCUGGAGCGCAUGGCCAGGGCCGACCGCUUCCUGUUCGAGAUGAGCCGGAUCGAUCACUACCAGCAGAGGCUGCAGGCCCUGUUCUUCAAGAAGAAGUUCGCCGAGCGGCUCGCGGAGGCCAAACCCAAGGCCGACGCCAUCCUGUGCGCGUCUCGGGAGGUGAUGAGGAGUAAGCGUUUGACCCAGACCCUGGAGGUGGUCCUGGCCUUCGGGAACUUCAUGAACAAGGGCCAGCGGGGGAACGCCUCCGGCUUCAAGGUGUCCAGCCUCAACAAGAUCGCAGACACCAAGUCCAGCAUCGACAGGAACAUCACCAUGCUGCAUUACCUGAUUAUGAUCUUUGAGAAGAACUACCCCGAUAUCCUGCGCAUCCAGGAGGACCUGCACAGCGUACCUGAGGCAGCCAAAGUCAAUCUCUCCGAGCUGGAGAAGGAGGUCUUCAACAUCAAGAGCGGACUCAAGGCUUUAGAGGCAGAGCUGCAGUAUCAGCAGAGCCGCACCCGGGAACGCGGGGACAAGUUCGUCCCGGUGGUCAGCGACUUCAUCACCGUGGCCAGCUUCGGCUUCUCCGAGCUGGAGGACCAGCUCAGCGAGGCCAAGGAGAAGUUCGCUAAGGCGCUGAGGCACUUUGGCGAGGACCAGGGCCGGAUCCAGCCGGACGAGUUCUUCGGGAUCUUCGACACCUUCCUGCUGUCGUUCGGCGAGGCCCGGCAGGACCUGGAGAACAUGCAGCGCCGCAAGGAGGAGGAGGAGAGGAGGGCCCGGAUGGAGGCCAUGCUGAAGGAGCAGCGGGAGAGGGAGAGGAGGUCGAAGAAGAGCGCGGGGGGCAGCGUGUCGGAGGAGGUGGGCGAGUUCGACGACCUGGUGUCGGCGCUGCGCUCGGGCGAGGUCUUCGACAAGGACCUGUCCAAGCUCAAACGCAACCGCAAGCGGUCGGGCAAGGACCUGGCGGAGGGCAGCGGGCGCGAGAGACCCGUGACGAAGGUCAACUAUUAACCCCUGAACCCUGACCCCCGACCCCUGACCCCCGGGGAGGGAGGGGGGGGGGGCGUGACGGACCGUACGGCUCAGGGCUCACGGCCACGCACCUGAAGGAUAGCAGACACACCACAAAAAAAAUACACCCCCCCCACCCUCUCCCCGAAUUUUACCCCACUCCUGUGUUCUACAGAGGUGAAUGACAACACAGGGGGCCCAAACAGACAAUAACAUGGACGGACAGACUGACUGAGACUAUGAGCCCCCGUUCCCCAAAAUCCUCUCGGGCCGCCCCGACACUGCGCUCCACAGAUGGAGAGAGAGGGUAGGACUAUGGCGAUCUCUCUCUCUCUUCCUCUCCCUCCCUCUCACCCUGUCCACGGAGGAGAGGUCCGGCUCGUGCCCCCACCACACUAAACCUCUCUGCAGCCUGGGGGGUGCAGGGGGCUGUUUUUUUUGGGGUGGAGCAGUGGGGCAGUCCAGACAGGAAGAGAAAACAUCCCUGACUCAAACCCUGCCUCUUCCAGUUCUGCCCGUUCCGCAAUGGCUGCGUAGCCCUGCAGGGGGCGAUAUACCACUGUGUUUCUCCCACUCUGUGGCUCUCAGUGACGUAGGGGGCUUUUUCCCCCUGUUUCCUGGCUGGGGGGAGGGGGGGGGAGGGCAACGCGGAGAGACCCCUCCCUGAGUGAUAAGAUAACGCUCCAUACAGCACUUUUAGCCACCGCAGCUCAGGAUCCCAUGAUGCUUUGCAGCAUCCGUCGCCUCGGUCGCCGCCGUGCGGGAAACGGGCGAUCCGAGACUCCGCCCCGCGCUCCGAGGUCCCCGCUCCCAAGUGCCUUUUCUUCCACCCGCACAUUCCUGGAGACAGCUUCCGAGGGCACUCGGGAAAGAGGGGGAAUGCCCCACUCAGACCGGAUGGGAGAGGGAUGGAUACAAUGGGAUGGGACGGGAAUAGGGCCGGAGAUGGGAUUUUUUUCCGACAGAGCAGAAAUUGCAUCGAAAUUAACGUUGAUGUGCCGUUGCACAAAGAGAAGGAAAAAAAAUGUAAGAUAAAAAAAAUUUAAUAGAAAAAGAAUUUGAGGAUUGUUACGGCACUUCCCACCGCCAAAAAAAAAUAAAAAUAAU